ACGUGCGUACAACUUAUUCUGAUCUCAUCGUGGAUACACCUGAGGCUAUUUUUUUAUACAAUAAUUUUUUUUUUAAUUUCCUCCCUUCACAAGAUGACAUCUGUCUUUACAAUUGGGGGUAUUGCUUUGAAGGUUGUCAAAUUGAUUGUCAAUUUUAUAUGCAUUAUUCUCUAUCGAACUGGCAAUGGGGGUGAAUUUCUCGGAGUUGGUGGAACAUGGAAUUUGAAUGAAGAAAAAAAUGCAGAUGCCGAGAUUGUCGCUUCUGGAGUUUUGGUUGGUUUUUUCAUUUAUACCAGUGUUGUUCUCAUCAGUUACUGCUUUGGGACAACGCAGCAUAAGAAAACUCUAGUGGAGGUUAUCAUGAAUUUUGUUGGCAUGUUCAUGUUUAUUGCCGUUGGUGGAACAGCUCUUCAUUAUUGGAAUGGAUAUCAAGCUACAAACAAAUACAUUUAUGCAGCGACUGAGAGACAGGUUGGAUUGGCUCUUGGAUCUCUCUGCGUAUUGGAAGGCGCUGCAUAUCUCCUAGACACAUUAUUGAGCAUUUACGCCUUCGCCAAAGAGGAAUACAUGGAUUAAGUAUCAUUUCUUCAAUUUAGUCUUAAAUCUUUCAUUCUUCAGGCAGCAUUUUAUAUCACAUGAUCAUGUCAUUUUCUCAUUGUAUAAGUUAAUAAUAAAUAAUAAUAAACAUGUCAAAAUAUUAUCUGAAGAAACAAA